GGGGCCCGCCGGUAUAUGACCCGGAUGUAGAAGGCCAUGUGCAGUCCCCUCUGUGGAGCUCAUCUGCGCCGCACGGCUCGUCCUUUUACCUCCUCUCGCUGCAUCAUUCCGCGGUGAAGACGCGCUCCUCGUAGCACCGACACGCUUUUUACCUCACAGAGAUGUUUCGUUUACCGACAGUCAUGAAGCAGGUGAGGCCCGUGUGCAGGGCGCUGGCUCCUCACCUCACACGAGCCUACGCCAAGGAUGUGAAGUUUGGAGCUGAUGCUCGCGCCCUCAUGCUGCAGGGUGUCGACCUGCUGGCUGACGCUGUGGCCGUCACCAUGGGCCCAAAGGGUCGCACCGUCAUCAUCGAGCAGAGCUGGGGCAGCCCGAAGGUCACCAAGGACGGCGUGACAGUGGCCAAGAGCAUCGACCUGAAGGACAAGUACAAGAACAUCGGUGCCAAGCUGGUGCAGGACGUGGCCAACAACACCAACGAGGAGGCCGGUGACGGCACGACCACCGCCACAGUUCUGGCCCGGGCCAUCGCCAAGGAGGGCUUCGACACCAUCAGCAAGGGCGCCAACCCCGUGGAGAUCCGCCGUGGAGUCAUGAUGGCCGUGGAGACCGUCAUCACGGAGCUGAAAAAUCUCUCCAAGCCCGUCACGACCCCCGAGGAGAUCGCACAGGUUGCUACAAUCUCAGCCAACGGGGACGUGGAGAUCGGUAACAUCAUUUCCAACGCCAUGAAGAAAGUUGGCCGCAACGGCGUGAUCACAGUCAAGGAUGGAAAGACGCUGCACGAUGAGCUGGAGAUCAUCGAGGGAAUGAAGUUUGACCGUGGUUACAUCUCUCCCUACUUCAUCAACACUGCUAAAGGUCAGAAGUGCGAGUUCCAAGACGCUUACCUGCUGCUGAGCGAGAAGAAGAUCUCCAGCGUGCAGAGCAUCGUGCCGGCUCUGGAGAUCGCCAACCAGCACCGCAAACCGCUGGUGAUCGUGGCCGAGGACGUUGACGGAGAGGCCCUCAGCACCCUGGUCCUCAACAGGCUGAAGGUCGGGCUGCAGGUGGUCGCCGUCAAAGCUCCAGGCUUCGGAGACAACAGGAAGAAUCAGCUGAGGGACAUGGCCGUCGCCACCGGAGGCACUGUGUUCGGAGACGAGGCCAUGGGUCUGGCUCUCGAAGACAUCCAGGCUCACGACUUCGGUAAGAUUGGCGAGGUGCAGAUCACCAAAGACGACACGCUGCUGCUGAAGGGAGGCGGCAGCCCGGCUGAAGUGGAGAAGCGUGCGGCGGAGAUCGUGGAGCAGCUGGAGAACACCACCAGCGACUACGAGAAGGAGAAACUCAACGAGCGGCUCGCCAAGCUGUCUGACGGAGUGGCCGUGCUCAAGGUCGGAGGAACAAGUGAUGUGGAGGUGAAUGAGAAGAAGGACCGCGUGACGGACGCCCUGAACGCCACACGGGCAGCUGUGGAGGAGGGAAUCGUACCAGGUGGAGGCUGCGCCCUGCUGCGCUGCAUCCCAUCACUUGAUGCCAUCCAGACUGCAAACGCUGACCAGAAGAUCGGUGUGGAGAUCAUCAGACGGGCGCUGCGUAUCCCCGCCAUGACCAUCGCUAAGAACGCAGGAGUUGAGGGGUCACUAGUGGUGGAGAAGAUCCUGCAGGGGUCAGCUGAGCUCGGCUACGACGCCAUGCAGGGAGAGUACGUCAACAUGGUGGAGAAGGGCAUCAUCGACCCCACCAAGGUGGUGAGGACGGCCCUGCUGGACGCUGCCGGAGUCGCCUCUCUGCUCUCCACCGCCGAGGCCGUCGUCACAGAGAUCCCCAAGGAGGAGAAGGAGAUGCCAGGAGGAAUGGGAGGAAUGGGAGGAAUGGGAGGCAUGGGCGGUAUGGGAGGUGGCAUGGGUUUCUAAACCCGUCCUCCUGACUUGAUGUACAGACUAAUAGAGGCAGAGCGAGUGGUGCUGGGUGGCUGAGGAGGAAUCCUCAGAGAAAACUGCACCCACCUCCACCGAACUUUGCCCAAACUGACUGGUGAUGACGAUGAUGAUGGAGCUGCAAAUGUUUCAUGACCUCCCCCUCCUCCUUUCACUACUUCACAUGAUUCUGCCUCCCGCCUCUUCGUCCAGGGUUUCUGCAGAAGUCUCAUUCACCCGGUCGAGAUCCCAUCACACCCAGUCACACCCUGACUCGACUCAAACGGCUACAACACUCGACAGAUGUGACGUGAUGUGUCUGAGAGGAGACUAACAUAGUUCACAUGUUGUAUUACUGCAGACAGGAGAGAACAGACGUAUAGCCAGGAUUGUGUCCUUUUAUUUGUCAUAGCAUUUUGUUAAUUCUUUUGUUUUUUAUAUAUCUGUUGUUUGUUCCCCCACUAAUAUAAUGUCAGCUAAAAUCUGUCUUUUGAUUUAUUAAAUUGACUUUCUUACAGA